AUGGAGGCAUGGUCCGGCCAGAAGCCGCAUGUGGGCAUGGCUCGGAUUUGGGGUUGCAUGGGGAGUGUCAUGCUGCAUGGGCAUGAGAAGGGUGGCAAGCUUGAUGCACGGGCUGUCAUGUGUGUCUGUGUUGGGGUGGACAUGGAGAGCAAGGGUUGGCGCAUGCUGGACCCUUCUCUCAUGCGCAUUCGCAUUGCUCGCGAUGUUGAUUUUCUUGAGAAUGUGAUGUGGAAGGAUUGGGACAAGGCAAAGGGAUUUGGGGAGCUUCUGCAGGAUGCAGCUGCGAUUUCCCAACUCCUCCCUCUUCCAAUCUCGCCACCCUCAGCAACGGCUGACAACUGGCCCCUCGGUCAUUCAGCGGAGAUCCGCUACACAGGCUACUUUCUCUUCCUCCGCUCUAUCCCUCUCUCUACGGGUGCCCCUCCGUCACCAGCGACUACCUUCCCACCGCCGGUUACGGGUUUGCAGGUGCUUGGUAUCCAGUCUGGUACAGGUGGUGAGGAGGUAGGGGGGGAUGCUGGUGUGGUUGUGGGCAUGCUGUGUUUGGCCAGGGAGGUGGAAGGUGUUGCACUGGCAGGUGUGAGCACAGGUGAUGUCCCACGCACACUCGCUGAGGCCCUGCGUGGCCCUGAGGGCCCUGCGUGGAAGGCAGGGGCUGAGAAGGAGGUAAAUGCAAUGCGCACUAUGGGUGUAUGGGGUCCAGAGCCAGUCGACUUACCUCUAGAUAAGAAGGCCAUUGGGGUCCGAAGCCGCGGUUAA